UUUUUUUGGGCUGUACCGGCGCGUGUAUCGUUAGCAAUCACCACCCUUUUAACACUCUCUACUCAAGCUAAUUCUGUUAAGAAUUCUUUACCUGAAGUCAGCUACAUGAAAAGCUUGGAUUUAUUUUUAGCCGUCAGUGUAUUAUUUGUUUUUGGUGUUCUAAUAGAAUUUACUAUCGUAAACUACACUCAGCGAAAUGGUGAUUUUUUUGUUUAUUUGAGGAGCUAA